ACUGCCACCAACAACUUUCCUUCAGAUCCCCAUCCCCUCCCCUCUAUUAAAGCGCCCGCCGCCCGCCGCCAGCCGCCGCUCCGUUCUCCUCCCCCACCAAUCCGCAGCGAGACGCGCCCGAGCGAGCGAGCGAGCCCCGACCCCGCCGACACGAUGAGGCCGUCGCUGCUAAAGUCCUCGGCCGAGCUGCUCCGCCGCAGCCGCGGCUACGCGUCCGCGGCCAACCCGGAGCGGAAGGUGGCCAUCCUGGGCGCGGCGGGAGGCAUCGGGCAGCCGCUCUCGCUCCUCAUGAAGCUCAACCCGCUUGUCUCCUCCCUCUCCCUCUACGAUAUCGCCGGGACCCCCGGCGUCGCCGCCGACGUCUCCCACAUCAACUCCCCCGCCCUGGUGAAGGGGUUCAUGGGGGACGACCAGCUUGGGGAGGCGCUGGAGGGAUCCGACGUCGUCAUCAUCCCCGCCGGGGUACCCAGGAAGCCCGGCAUGACCAGGGACGACCUCUUCAACAUCAACGCCGGCAUCGUUAAGGGGCUCUGCACUGCCAUCGCCAAGCACUGCCCCAACGCUCUUGUUAACAUGAUCAGCAACCCUGUCAACUCCACUGUCCCGAUUGCGGCGGAGGUUUUCAAGAAGGCUGGUACUUAUGAUAAGAAGAAGCUGUUUGGUGUGACUACUCUUGAUGUUGUUCGUGCUAAAACUUUUUAUGCUGGAAAGGCGGGCGUGCCCGUUACUGAGGUGAAUGUUCCUGUUGUGGGGGGCCAUGCGGGUAUUACUAUUCUGCCACUCUUCUCACAGGCCACUCCUGCAAGCAAUUCAUUGUCCCAAGAAGACAUUGAGGCCCUCACCAAGAGGACACAAGAUGGUGGGACGGAGGUUGUUGAAGCAAAGGCUGGAAAGGGCUCUGCAACACUGUCCAUGGCAUAUGCUGGUGCUGUUUUUGCAGAUGCAUGCUUGAAGGGUCUGAAUGGAGUUCCGGACGUUGUAGAGUGCUCUUUUGUGCAAUCAACUGUGACAGAGUUGCCGUUCUUUGCCUCCAAGGUACGGCUUGGCAAGAAUGGAGUGGAGGAAGUGCUUGGUCUUGGUGAGCUCAACGACUUCGAGAAGAAGGGGCUUGAAAACCUCAAGGGCGAGCUCAUGUCUUCCAUUGAGAAGGGUGUCAAGUUCGCCCACAGCAACUAGGCAACUUGCUCGGCUUCUAACAAUUGAUAUCCCUUGCAUUUUUUGUUUGACUGCCUAUUUUUCCUGCCCCCUUAUGGUUGGCGCAACGAGGCUUUGUGGUCCAAAAUAAAACUCAGCGGAACGAAGAAAACAUGUACCAGAAACAGUUUACAAACACCGGUGUUUUUUGUGCUGAACUCCCAGUAGUUGAGCCGUGAGGGAAUCGAGAACAAACUUUCCACUUUCUCAUUUCCGAGCGCCUUGUCUUUGAUUGUAUUGUAUGCAUGUUUUGGACCCGUGCCUCGA